AUGGGAGGUGACAGGAAUAAGCUUAUCUGGGAUAAGGAGAACUCGGGGUUUCUACUUCCUGGGCCAAUUCCAGAAUGGUUAGGCCAAAGACUAGCUACAUUACAGGUGCUUGAUCUCAGGUCUUGUUCAAUUUAUGGAUCAAUUCCUGACUCAUUGGGAAGUUUGUUUAGGCUUAAUUCUUUGCAUUUGUCUGAAAAUACGAUUACUGGGACAAUUCCAGCGGCAUUGGGGAAGCUGAAUUCCUUGUUACACGACAAUAGUUUCAGCUCUUCUGUUCCUGCUCAGCUGGGUAAUCUUUCUGCCUUGGUGGAGCUUGAUCUUGGUUACAAUUUUUUGUCGGGGCCAUUGCCUGAGGAUUUAGGACGCAUAAGUAGUUUACAGAAGUUGUUAAUUGGGAAUAAUGAGCUAGAAGGUGCUCUGCCAGCUAGAAUACUUUUGGAUCAAAAAUUUGUGGAAUUUGUAGUUCUCAGGAACAACAAAUUUGAUGGUAAAUUUCCUGAUGUCUUGCGGUCAGUGCCGCAUUUACUGUUUCUAGAUAUCUCUGAGAAUAACUUCACAGGUGAAUUGCCAAACCUUACUGCUUUCUCUGAUAAUGCCGGCACCAAGUUCAAUUUCUCAAACAAUUUGUUCUACGGAAAUAGCCUGCCAGAUCAGAGGAGUAUAAUGGACUGCCAAAAAUUUUAUGCCAAGAGAGGCCUUCAUUUUGAUGGCAACAAUGUUCCCGAGUCACCAGAACCUCCAAUUUCGGAACAUUCAAAGAAGAAAAACAAACUCACCUUUAUAUUGUGGAAAUGGAAGAGGAACAGCGAAGUCAGGCAUGUUUCAGUAAAGGAUAGUAGGCCACCUCCUCAGAUUCCUUUGUGCUUCUCAGGUCUUGGAGAAGAAUUUACAUACGAGCAAGUGCUCCAUGCCACAAAUAACUUCAGCGAAACAAACCUCAUCAAGCAUGGUCACUCUGGAGACAUAUUCCGUGGAACAUUAGAGGGUGGAAACCUAGUAGCCAUAAAGAGAGUUGAUUUACAAGUUCUCAAGAAAGGGAGAUGUACUUCGGAAUUGGAUCUUUUUGACAAGAUAAAUCACCCAAGGCUAGUCCAACUUAUUGGUCAUUGCUUAGAGCUUGAAAAUGAAAAGAUCUUGGUUUACAAAUAUAUGCCAAAUGGAGACUUGUCCAAUUCCUUUUACAGGGUUAACCAUUUGGAUGAUGAUUGUUUACAAUCUUUGGAUUGGAUCACACGAUUAAAAAUUGCAAUAGGAGCUGCUGAGGCUUUAUCUUACUUGCACCAUGAGUGUAAUCCUCCACUUGUCCACAGAGAUAUUCAAGCAAGCAGCAUCCUUCUUGAUGAUCAAUAUGAAGUACGACUUGGAAGUUUAAGUGAGUUUGCGCAAGGAGUGGAGAACAGUCAGCAAAGGAUUUCAAGAAUGUUCUGGAUGGCACAGACUCCUGAUAAAGGACCUUCAGGACCAUCUGCAAGUUGUGCUUAUGAUGUAUAUUGCUUUGGAAAGCUCUUACUUGGGCUUGUCUCGGGUAAGCUGGACAUCUGCAAUUUUGAAGAUGAGGGCUCUACAAAUGAGUGGUUGGAAAGCAAUCUAUCUUACAUCAGUAUACACGAAAAGGAACAGGUGGGUAAGAUUAUUGAUCAGUCUCUUAUCAUAGAUGAUGAUCUACUUGAAGAAGUGUGGGCUGUGGCGAUAGUGGCCAAGUCAUGCCUAAAUCCCAAGCCUUCCAGACGUCCCCUGAUGAGACACAUCCUCAGAGCACUGGAAAAUCCUUUCAAGAUUGUCAGGGAAGAAAAUUUCAGCUCUGGAAGGCUAAGAACAACAUCAUCCAGAAGUUAUUGGACCACUGCAUUCUUCGGUAGUUGGCAUCACAGCUCGUCUGAGAGUGCCAGUUUUCCAGGCCAAACAAGAAGAGAAGGUGCCAGUGAUCUAAAACAGACAGGGAGAGCGGGUCUCAUGGAAGUGGCAUGAAUGAAUACUCAUCUUCACACAAAAGGUCCUCGAGCGAGAUUUUCCCUGAGCCAGUGGAUAUUCAAGAUCUAGAGAAGCAGGAUGAGAACUAGGCAAGCUCCGAGUGAUGUUGCCAGUAAAUCUUUUCCCAUCCUGGUAUCGAGCAGUCCGUGUCAAUUUGUGUGCGUCGAAAGGCUUUAGGCUUGAAAGUUGCCUCCUCCUAAAGGUCAUUGAUUUAGAGCCUUCUACAACUUUGAUUCAUUUGGGGAUCCUCCAAGAAAAUGACGAUGAGCCUUUGGAUCCAAAUCAAAGAGGUUUGAAGCAAGCUAUGAUUCUUGCACUUGUCCUGCAUGAAAUGUAAUGUAAAUAGCCAUUCAAUGUAAUUACGAGCAUUAGUUUUUCACGAUCUCACGCAAAUUCAGAGGCAUCCAGCUAAAGUAUUUUGUUAUUAGUACAAUCGGAUUGAGAUAUCCAUCUCCACCAAUAAAACCGUUUUCUGAUGCUAGGAGACGAAAUAUCACAUGUAGAAACGGCAAAAGAUUGUUGAAGUUAUGUACGUAUAUACAUGGAGCAUAACGUGAGAACUUGAUAACGAAUGGUGGGCAGAAAACAAAAUAGGGAGUUGUGUGGCCUCGGGACUUCCCGUUUGUUCGAAUUUCACAAUGGCAAUGGCAAUGAGUAUCAAAAGUUCCUCAA